AUGGUCUCUUCACUACGAACCGACCUUCGGUGCCAGAUUUGCGGUGUCAGCGGUAAUGUUGGCCGCAUGAGAUUGGUCGACGAGCCUCCAGAGGCAUCAUCGCGACGACUGUGUCAAGGAGUCCCCAUCAGCAACGAAACGGACUGUGUUGGGUGCUUCGUGGUGACCAACGAUGGCACCGCCGACGACGACGAUGAAGACGUCUCAUUUGUUUCUGAAGAUGCGGAAAACCCAAAAGACAUCAAGCACCAAUCCAUGUCACCACCUUCCAAAGCGAGUGGUGAUGACUCUUUUGACGACACGUUUAAAGACGACGACGAUGACAACAAGGAAGAUGAAGACGAGAUGGAAAUCAAAGUCAAUGACAACCAGUACAUCAAGUUUCUGAUCAAUACCCCAUCAGACCGCGGCAUGAUUAUCGUCCCACUCACUGAAGAAUAUAAAAAGAGGGACCAGUCGUGGCCCAGCCGGGAGCACAUCUCAGGCCCCAACUGUACUCUGAGAAAUGCCUACACUGGGCACAACAUCACUGCUCAAGAACUCCGAGGUUGCAACACGUUUCAACUCCUCUGUCCAAAAUUCAGUGACUGGGAGCCAGAGAAGGGGGACGAAGACUUUGAAGUCGAUGAUAAGUGCCCGAGCUAUCUGUCAGGACUUCGAGACCAUCUCGACUCAGACGUUAGUUGCGCCACCAUCUUUGUCCCGAUGCGCCAUGGGCAAGAGCAUUUCAACGUGCACAAUUGGGCAAGUGCUUGCGAAAAGCGACAUCUCGCUGCAAUGCCCUUUCAUCCUGCAUGCUUCGAGGUCUUUAAACGCGCGUCGCUAAACAGACUGAAUACCAUCGAUGUUGAUGGCCUGAUUGGUUGGUACAAGGUCGAGGCAACGCAUCACUUUACGGAUAAGAUCUUUCCCCAUGAUGAAGCGGUCCGUUGCGCUACAAAAGACAAGGUAUGGGACCAUGUUGAAGGCGAUGAAUGGAUUACUGCAAACCCUUGCUUUGUACCUGCACUCGAUGAUGAACUGCAGCAGCUAGCAACCGACGAACCUUUUGUAGGUCCCAUGUCCGGCGAGACUACCAACAUCAACGUCGACACCGACGGAAUUGCGCAGAUGAAACUGUCUUCGGAGCCAUCGCCCAAUCUCCCGCAGUCUUCAUAUUUUGGUUAUAUCCGCCACGGCAUGCCCUGGAUCUGGGAAACGUGGUGCACCCGCCCAUACUCUGGCUGGGCGACCACGACGCAGUCUGAGAUUACAAAAGAUCCGAUUGCAGUGAGCCAUCAUUUAGGCUAUCUCAAAAAUUGGGUCAGUACAAUCGAGGCGGAUGGGGAUACCUGGACCCAGAGGCGUGCUCACCUGUGGGAGCUCAAGGCGCAGGUCAAGGAACUCGAGGCCAUCUGCCACUUUGUUCCCGAGCCUGUCCCAGUGACUUUGCUCCCUCGAAAUGGUACAGACUGGCGCAAACUUUACUUUGCGCUUCAGAAAAUGUACUCAACCUCAAAGGGGCUUCGCAAUCGACAACGAAUCUGGCACUGCUGCAAUUACAUCCUGGAUCGCAUCGCGCUGCGGCGUCAAGAUGGAAAGAUUGCCGCCAGCAGCAACGUACGACUGCCGAGGGAAGAGCAGAUAAUGAACCGUUGGGGAAAAGGUUUGAAGUUUGCGGCCGACUACUCUGAGAGCGAGGCUGAGUUUUCGGACCAAGAUGUCAAGGAUGUGGAAAUGGGCGACAACUGA